GGAGCCCGAGCGGGUUUCCAGGCCGGGACGAGGUCUACGAGGCAGGCUGGAGCCUGCACAGCACAAACACUUCCUCCCUGCAGCUCCAGUCGGAGCAUUCUUCACGCCGCCGCCGCCGAGAACUCAGGAAAACAGAAGCCUGAAGAGACUCUGCUCUGACCGUCCUCAGACAUGUCUGACGGAGAGUCCGCCGGCGCAGCGGCGCCCUCUGCAGGCAUCCACAGCCUGCUGCAGGACGGCCUGGGCCUCUCGCCGCUGGACUACCACCAGAGCACACCCGUCCAGCCCUUCCCUCGCUCGCCCAAGCUCCAGAGGAAGGCGGCUAAAGCUGCGGCGCCCUCUCAGGAGCAGCUGGUGAGGCGACUGGAGGAGCUGCAGGCCGAGGGGUCCAGGACCGAGGCCCACCUCCGGUCCCUGAAGAAACGCCGAGCGGACCUGUCUGAAACCACGGAGGCCAUGAAGCAGCAGGUCCGGGACCGCUUCGAGAGCCUGCACCGCGUCCUCCGGCAGGACGAGCAGGACGUCCUGGACUCCCUGGAGCUGGACCUGAGAGGCACCAGGGCCAAGCUGGACCAGGUCCUGAGGGACUGGGAGCAGCACCGGGACCAGGUCCGCCGGGGCAUCAGCUGUAUGGAGGCCGCUCUGAGCAGGAGCCCCGACGCCAGGGAGGACGGCGAGAGCCAGGACUCCCCGGGUCCCAAAAGGCCCGACGCCUCAGAGGAGGGGAUCCGGCUGAACGAGGACCGGUUCCAGAGGCUCCUGAGGACUCUGUCGUCCAUCUCCAGGACCCUGAGGGCCCAGCUGGAGAGGAAGACGCUCCUGUUAGACUGGAGCAGCGUGGCUCUGGACCGGCAGACCAGCCACUGGCAGCUGGAGGUGAGUCCCGACGGCCGGAGCGCCUGCUUCUCCGCCGCCGCCGCCGCCGCCCCGGCCGCGCAGCGCCCGCUGCAGUUCGACCGGGUGUGCUGCGCCCUGGGCUCCGCCCCCCUGGCCGCCGCCCGGAGCUACUGGGAGGUGGACGUCCGCUGCUGCGGCGCCUGGGCGGUGGGCGUGGCCUACGCCCGCCUGGACAGGAAGGGCCGCGACAAGGGCGCCAAGCUGGGCCGCAACAGGAACUCCUGGUGCGUGGAGCUGCGCGGCGGCAGCCUGGCGGCGUGGCACAACGACCGGCACGUGGCCUGCCGGGGCGCGGGCCGGGCGCCGCCGGGCCGGGUGGGGGUGUGGGUGAACUACGAGCGCGGCCAGCUGGUGUUCUACGACGCCGACGCCAUGGCCGAGCUGCAGAGGUUCUCCGCCGCCGUGACGCCCGUGUUCGACCGGGCGCACCACCAGUUCACCGAGCCGCUGUACCCCGCCGUGCGCCUGCUCCGACCGCCGCAGACCCAGGCCUGGCCCAACCACCUGCAGCUCUGCCCCCCCGAGGCGGCGCUCUGAGGAUCCUACCUGCUGUCGAUGUCCAGCAGCAGGCUCUUCAGGGCCCCGUCCUGCUCCUGGCUCCGCAGCUUGGCCAGCUCCUGCAGCCUGACACACACACACACACACACACGUCAUUUUCCCAGAGAACCACCGCUUCGGCCUUCCCCGGCGCGAACGCGGCGCUACCUGGGCGCG